AUGUCCUCGCAACCAACCUCCGUAGGUCAUCACCCAGAGAUCACCCAUACACCGUCUGGAAUAACUCAGCCGGAGGUGUUGCAACAUCCUGCAUAUGAUAAGAGGUGUGGACACCUUGAUUUUAAGCAGAGCGGAUUUGACACAGAUGCAGAAGUUGCAGAUGAUGGACGGGUCAACAUCAACAUCAAGGAGCACGGUCGAAGGUUGUCACAGUUAUUAAAUCCAGUUUUUGUGGCACAGAGCAGCCAUACUCACCAUGUACAGACCUCUCUAGCUAGAAUAGAUCAGGGACUUCCUGUGCCACGUCUCAACAUCGUUAUCCAAAUUGUUGGGUCUCGAGGAGACGUACAGCCAUUUGUUGCCCUUGGACGAGAGUUAAAGCAUAUCUACGGUCAUCGUGUCCGACUAGCGACCCAUCCUAAUUUUAGAGAAUUUGUACAGGAACACGACCUGGAAUUUUUUAGUAUAGGAGGUGACCCCGUUGAACUCAUGGCGUUCAUGGUGAAAAACCCAGGCUUGAUGCCCGGUUUCGAUGCGAUGCGCAACGGCGACAUCGGCAAGCGUCGAAAGGAAAUCGCCGAAAUAAUUUCGGGUUGUUGGAGGUCGUGCUUCGAGGCUGGAGAUGGUACUGGUGUCCCCGUCACUGAUGCUAAUUUCGAUGCCACUCAAAUUGAAGGUGAAAAGCCUUUUGUUGCCCAUGCGAUCAUUGCGAAUCCGCCUAGCUUCGCCCACAUCCAUUGUGCCGAGAAGUUAGGAAUUCCAUUGCACCUCAUGUUCACCAUGCCGUGGUCUCCAACCCAAGCGUUCCACCACCCCUUGGCCAACAUCCAAUUUUCAAACGCCGAAGUGGGAGUCGCCAACUUUGUAUCCUAUGCUCUCGUGGAGUUGAUGGCAUGGCAAGGAUUAGGUGAUGUCAUCAAUCGAUUUAGGGAGCGUUCCCUUGGUUUAGAGCCAAUGGGCAUCAUGUCGGCUCCUGGUGUACUUCCGCGACUGCGUAUCCCUUAUACAUUUUGCUGGUCACCAGCUUUGAUCCCCAAACCUAAAGACUGGGGUCCUCAUAUUGAUGUAUCGGGGUUCUUUUCCCUCCCUUUGGCUUCAACGUAUACCCCACCCAAUGAUUUAGCCAAGUUCCUCGAAGCUGGUCCUCCUCCAGUCUAUAUUGGGUUUGGCUCCAUCGUUCUUGAGAAUCCCAAUGCAAUGACUGAACUCAUCUUCGACGCUGUUAAACUAACUGGGCAGAGAGCAUUGGUUUCCAAAGGGUGGGGAGGUUUCGAUGCAGAAGAAUUUAGAAUCCCCGAAGGCAUUUUCAUGAUAGGAAACUGUCCGCAUGACUGGCUCUUCAAACGGGUAAAUUGUGUUGUUCAUCAUGGCGGCGCCGGAACCACCGCUGCAGGUAUUUACUUGGGGAAACCAACCGUUGUGGUUCCUUUCUUUGGUGAUCAACCGUUCUGGGGUUCGAUGGUCGCAAACGCUGGAGCGGGUCCUAAACCAAUUCCCCAUAAAGAACUAACAGCAGCUAAUCUUGCUGCUGCUAUUAUUGCCGCACUUGAACCCGGCGCCAAAUGCCAAGCGGAAGAGCUUGGGACAAGAAUUAGGCACGAAAACGGCGUAGCUGAAGGGACCAAAUCAUUCCAUAAACAACUUCAUAUCAACUCAUUACGUUGUAUGCUUAUUCCUAGUAGGCCUGCAGAAUGGUUUGUUAAACAUACAAACAUUCGCCUGAGCUCGUUGGCAGUAACAACCCUUGCGAACGAGGGAAUUUUGGAUCUUAGCGACCUCAAAUUAUACCGGCCCCGGGAGUAUGAUACAGAACCUGGACCCCGAGACCCAAUAACUGGAGGAGCUACUGCCUUGAUAGAGACCCUUGGAGAUUUUACAGUGGGUUUUGCUGAUAUUCCAGCUGAAAUUUUGAAGGCUAUGACAGGACCCCGUGCGAAGGGGAAGUCAAAAUCAGGAUCAACCUCGCCUAAAAUAGCUGCUCAAAGGUUCUCUACGAAUGCAACCUCUCCUUUAGUUGAAGCCUCCGCAACUACUCUUUCAACAGCCGAAACUGCCUCUGACUCUGGAACUGUUGUAGCUGUCGGAGAAGAGAGCCCAGAGAAUGGAAACGGACUGACAUCGAAUUCUGCUUGCCCAGAGCGUGAGACCAGUAUCGGCGAAGCCAAAACCCCUGAAUGCCAUAAUAUUCCAACAGCUGAUAUCAUAAGCGCGGGGCACGCCGCAACGAAAUUUAUCAAUCUGGGCCUCAAGUCUCCAAUGAACUUCACUCUAGGGGUAUCAAAGGGAUUCCACAACGCCCCCAAGCUGUAUGGAGACAAGACCGUGAGAGAACCUCCAAAGGUUACAGGCUUCCAUAGUGGCAUUAGAGCUGCUGGAAAGGAGCUUGGCUAUGGAUUAUACGACGGAAUUACGGGCUUGGUUACCCAACCCCUUGCUGGACGAAAGGAUGGAGUUGGCGGUGUCAUGAAAGGUUUUGGAAAGGGCAUCGGUGGCCUGAUUCUCAAGCCCGGAGCAGGUAGCUAUAGUUUCCUUGAAUUUCUUGACGGCUGCGAUUCUGAUAGUUCCUCCGUAGGGUUUUUUGCUGUGACCGGCUAUACCAUGAGCGGUGUUUACAAAGAAAUCCAAAAGCGUUUGGGGACAAGCGGAUACGAAGAAUGGAGAAGGUCUACCAAGGUUGAACGCGAAACGGUUAUCCAAUCAUGGUAUUCGCUCAGCAACAACCCAGCUGUGAAAGGAAGAAAGUCGACAUUCUCAUCCGAGUCAGAGACAUCAUCACGUAGAAUUUUUGAUCCCACGCAACUGCCACUACAUACUUGUGAGGCCACCAGAGACACCACUUCAUCUGGAGAUGGAAACCUUCCUUCCGAAGGAUUGUUCCAGAGAUUCCGUUCGACCAGGCAGAAAAAAAGACAUUCAAUCCAUCAAACUAUCUACCGCCCGCACCGUGACCUCAGCCCCUCAGCUUCUGGCGAAAUCGAACAGGCAAUCCUCGACUCCGUUGAGCAGUCAUCUACAGGAAACUCGGAAGAAGAUAUGAUGAUCGAGCGUGCCAUCCGAGCCAGUAUUGCUGAGCUGCAAGCGGCAGAAGCAGAUGAGAAAGACGAGCAGGAGGCCUACGCUCGGGCCAUCAGCGCGAGCAUCGAGGAGGCAAGCCGAGUGCGGCAGGAUCAAGCGCAUGUAAAUGAUCUGCGUGAUACGCGACAUGGCGUAACAAACCUUGAGGGUUCGUCCACGGCGGAUCCCAGCAGGCAUGACGCAUAUUGCGAUGAAGGUAGUGAUCUUGAACGUACACUUGCUGAAUCUAUUUGA